GCCCGCUGCGGGGAGGGGCCGCGCCGGGGCCGCCCGCAGGUAUCGGCCGGGGCUCGGCGGGGCUGGGGGGCACCGCGAACCCCACCUGGGGCCUCGCCCCGCCGCUGCCUGGGGCCGGAACCCCCCCCCCCGUCUAUGUCCCGCGGCCGGCGCUGGUGAGACACCAUGAAGGUGAAGGUGAUUUCUGUCCUGGAGGACAACUACAUGUACCUGGUCAUCGAGGAGAGCACCCGGGACGCCAUCGCGGUGGACGCCGCCGUCCCCAAAAGGUUGCUGGAAAUCAUCAGGAAGGAGGACGUGGUGCUCAGGGCCAUCCUCACCACCCACCACCACUGGGACCACGCCAGGGGCAACGAGGAGCUGGCGCGGCUGCUCCCCGGCCUGCGGGUGUUCGGCGCCGACGAGCGGAUCGGGGCCCUGACCCACAAGGUGACCCACGAGCAGGAGCUGACGUUUGGGGCCAUCCGGGUGAGGUGCCUCUUCACCCCCUGCCACACCUCGGGCCACAUGUGCUACUUCAUGUGGGAGGACGGCUCCCCAGACGCUCCUGCUCUCUUCUCAGGUGAUACCCUGUUCGUGGGAGGCUGCGGGAAGUUCUUUGAGGGGACAGCGGAGCAGAUGUACACCAACCUCACCCAAAUCCUGGGGGCUUUGCCCAUGGAGACGAAGGUGUUCUGUGGCCACGAGUGCACCGUCCGAAACCUCAAGUUUGCCCUGAAAGUGGAACCGGAGAAUGAAAUAGUGAAGAACAAACUCGCCUGGGCCAAACAGCGGGAUGAUGAGGACUUGCCCACGGUGCCCUCCACGCUGCGGGAGGAGUUCCUCUACAACCCCUUCCUGCGGGUCACGGAGGAGCCCGUGCAGAAGUUCACGGGCAAGACGGACCCGGUGGAGGUGCUGAGGACCCUCCGCACUGAGAAGGAUAACUUCAAGAAGCCCAAGGAGCGGCCCCAUCCCCAGGCUGUGCUCGCGUUCGACUGGGGACUUUUCAGCCCCUUCCUCGAGAAGAAAUGAGGGGCUGUGCUGGGGCUCCCGAGGCGCAGCGGCCCCGUCACGGCUCCCCCGGGGCUGCAUCUGUCCCGCUCCGAGUUACUCCCUUAAGACUUGGCAGCUGGGAAGUGGUUUCUGUCUCUCACCUGCUCAUUUUGAGGCUCUGCUUUGUUCCCUCCAGCCCUGCUCGAGUCCUGUGGGAGAAGGGAGCCUGUGGGUGCCCUGAGAUGGCUCAGCCAGCAGUGACCCCCGUGGUCAGGAGAUGGUUUGGAGGAGAGGACACCCAAUCUGGCAACGUUUGGGAGCUGCUGCUUGUCCUGCAGUCCUUUGUCUGCUGGAGCUAUGGGGGGAGUAUGGAAAAGGUGGGGACCCUGGUGCUGUGCCCCAGGGACCUGCCCAGCACCCACAGGGCUGUCCUGCCCUUCCAGGGGCUCAGCUGGAGCAGCUCCAGAGCCACCGACCUGCUGCCUGGCAGGGCUGGAGGCAAAUCCCUCCUGUCCCUGCUCUCCUCCCGCUGUCCCGGGGCUUGUCCCAGGCAGGGAGCUGCCCAGCUCUGCAGGGGAACACCAGGAAGGGCUCUGAUCAGUUCAGCCUCCAGCCCUGGGCUAACACAAACCCUCCUUGCAGAGGCGUUUGUUUAGGCUUUUCCACCCCCUUUUUCUCCCUUCUUUUUAUGGUAGCCCUAGACAAACAUUGCCUGGGGAGCUGUAACAGUCGCUGAAUUAGGGGGGCCCCCAAACCACUCAAACCGUGCAGACCCCCCUUCAGGUGGAGCUCAGCCCUGGAGGAAAGUCUGCUCUGACCCACUGGCUUUGUAAAAUACUUUGCAAGGUGUGACAGUUUUUUAAGCAGCAAACAGCAACGUGCUGCUGCAGGUCCCUUGCUGCUGCUUUUUUCUCCCCCAAGAUACAAAAACUGGAAAGCAUUUGGCUGAAACUUGUAUUUCUGCUGCCUGUAGAACAAGAGCUGGGGAGGAGCUGGCUCUCCUCAGCCUCUGCAGCCUUCAGUUUGUGCCAAAUCCAGACUGCAUUUUUUUUUUUUUAAGUGAGAAACAUGUACAGCUUUUAUUUGCAGGUGCUGGGGAGGUGCAUCCCAAACCAUCAAAGUUUUAUUUUUGUGGGAAGAAAACCCCAGGGCUCGAUGGUAUCCCUGGGAAUAGCUGUGCCAAUCCUUCUGGAAGGCCCAGGCUGGGGCAGGUGUUCCCUGUGGGACAGUGUCUAGGUCCCUCUUCACUUCAGUAUGCAGAGUGUGUGUCACUGUCCUGGUGUCACUUUUACACCCAGCCUGUGUAGUUCAAGCCAAGCCAGAGGAGCAGGAGCUGCUCCUGAAAUCCUUCACCAUGUCCUGACAUUUUAAAAUGUUGCUUAUAAGUUUUGUAGCUCCUAACACUGGAAUUGAGUUGACUUCAGGAUCUUUCAUGUGUGGACUGUGAACUGCCUCUCUUCCCUCUGAAUCCUGGCUUGUGGCCACUUCUUCCCUUGCUAGAAACUAGACUAAGGUUUUUUUUCCUUUCAUUAAAUUAGAGUGUUAAGAGUUUACUCUUUGCCAGAGGAGGGGAAGAAUUAACCCUGUUGCACAAACUGCCUGGGUACGAUCGCCUCAGAGGUUCCCAGUUUGAUGCAGUGGCAGUUGGUGAAUGUUAACUGGGGGGGUUCCUCUAGAAGGGAGCAGAGAUGUGUGUGUUUGGGGAGGGUUCCUGCUCACACAGACAGCAGCAGCCUGCAGCUCAAAGGCUGGAGGAGUUCAAGCUGUUCUUGGUACCAAGAACAGACACCCCAGGGUGUCUGCAGGACCUGAGGUCUCGGUACGUUCAGUCUUUAAUGGCUUCAGCAGCACAUAUUGGUCUAUGUCACCCCCCCCCCCCCCAAGCCUCAAUUGUUUAAUUUACUGCUAAUUUAGCUUUAUUUAUUUGUGCACUUCUGGCCUGCUGUGCAUGUUCUCAACAGAACCAGGAUGUUUCUUUUGCACUGAUGGGACAGUCCGUGGUCUCAGCACAGCAGCGUGUUGGACCGACUGCUCCAGCAGGGGCUCCUGCUGGGGAUGAACAUCUUACAGGACAGUGGAACACCCUGGGCUCCAUCUGUGCCCGGAAAAAGGCACUUGCUGAAACCACCACUGGCUUAUGAAAUUAAUUGGUGGGGAGGGGGAACCUGCAGGAAAUUCUUGCCUUAUGAACACUGUGAAUUCACUAAUUGAUCAGCAACACCCGAAAAAUGUAAAGCUUUUAAUUAAAAACAUAAAAACCAA